GCAGUAUCCUACACCUCUGUGAACAUUCUUCGCUGAAAUUUAUGAAGAAAGAUUUUUUCUACUAUGAACGAAUCAAUGAAAAAUGCGACGAUAUUGGCUAUUUAUAAAAAUCCACUUCUGCUUGUCAAUACAACCAUAAUUCUUGUUGUGACGAUGACAGUUUUAAUUGGAUUUUGGUGGUCACGAAAUAUCAAAGAAUUUUAUAUUGAUCGCGCAAGGACAAUUCGGUUAGCUUCAAAAUUGCCUGGACCACCUGCUCUUCCGUUAAUUGGUAACGCGUUGACAUUGGCUUGCAGUUCUGAAGAAAUAUUAAACAGAUUUGUUGAGUUGUCAAACAAAUAUGGGACACCAAUGCGAUUUUGGAUGGGACCAAAGUUACUUAUUGCUCUCUCUGAACCACGCGAUUAUGAGAUAAUAUUAAGUUGUCGAGAAGCAAGUCAUAAGCACGAAUUGUAUCAACUUGUUGAACCUUUAUUCGGCCAGGGUCUAGUUACUGGAUCAGGUCCAAUGCAAAGAAGUCACCGAAAGGUAAUAAUGCCGAUGCUCAAUAAUAAAGCCUUGAACGAAUAUUUUGAAUAUUUUAUUACUCACUGCCGCACCUGCUCAGACUUGGUGGAUAAAAAAGUGGGAACUGGACCAUUCGAUAUUUAUUCGUACAUCAGUAAUUGUUCUUUCGAUAUGAUUUUCGAUACUAUAUUAGGAAUACCAGCAGGUGCGCAGAAAGAAAAACCGACAAAACUUGUUCAUUACGUUGAAGUUGUAUAUAAUAAUUUUCAUGAAAGAGCGACGAAAGUAUGGCUUCAGCCAGAUUGGUUAUACUAUCGUCUAAAAGUAGGGAAGAAACAAAAACAAUGCGAAGUGUUUCUCCGGCGCUUCAUUGCCAACAUAAUAGCGAGGAAAAAAGAACAAUACUUUGCUGAGCAAGAUAAUGAUGUCCCUCCGAAGGAAAAGUUUAUAUUUCUCGAGCAACUAGUCGAAUAUGUGAUUACAAAUAAUUUUAUGAGCGACAGUGAAAUAGCCGAUGAAACUUUAACAAUUUUCUUUGCCGCACAAGAUACCGUAUCUCUGGCUACCUCUUUUGCUCUUUUGAUGCUUGCGAUGCAUCCGGAAAUUCAGGGGAAAAUGCGUGAUGAAAUAAGACGAGUAAUAGUAAGCAAUCCAAUGAAAUUCGAUCAUCUUGCCGAUCUUAACUACACGGAAAUGGUGAUAAAAGAAACUUUACGACUAUUUCCUCUAGGACCAAUCAUUCUUCGUCGAUUGACAGGAGAUAUCAGAUUGGAUACGUGCAUACUUCCGAAAGGAUCUGCUCUAGCAAUCGCGCCUUUUGUAACCCAUCGAAGUACUAAGUUUUGGUCUGAUCCAGAAAAAUUUAUACCCGAAAGAUUUUCAGCGAAAAAUUCGAUCGAUAGACACCCUUGCGCAUAUGUUCCUUUUAGUCGUGGUUUACGCGGAUGUAUUGGUCAAAAGUAUGCGAUGAUGGCUAUGAAAACAAUGCUUGUUCAUAUUGUUCAAAAAUUUCAACUAACGACAACGUUGAAACUAGAGACCCUACGUAUUAAAAUGGAUAUAUCUGUUCGCUCGAGUGACGGGUACGUCGUUUCGUUAACGCGAAUUUAGUUUAUGUGAUGUUACAAAAAAAAGUUGCAUGGAAAAAGUGCAUACUGAAGAAUGUGCUAAACAGCGAUAUUAAAUCCAAUGUUUCAAUUAUACUGCAACAAUAGCCCGAACAAGUAUUAAUCACACUGAUGAAAGUAGUUUUAUUUUUAAUAUGCCAUAAAUUUAAGAAAAAUAUUUGUUCAUAAUUAUUCGUUUAUCUGUCUCUCUUAAAGUUCAAUAUUAAUGUUAAAUAUCAUUGCAUAAUCUUCAUUAGGUUUUAAUGGCUUUACAUAAAGUUUGUAACAAUUCAUUAUCAAAUUUAAAAUG